GAUAGUCAAAAGCUAGCUUGUCACAUGAUUGCAACGCAGUUAUUACAACUGAGUUUCGAUUAUUUAUUGACCAAUAUAUGUCUGGUGGUUUCCCAGCUCGUUUUCCCUUCAACAAAAACUCAACUUUGCUGGAGUUAGAGACUUGUGACUUCUCAUAUGUUAUGAGUAUACAGGGUUAUGAAACCGUCCUACCAGUAAAUAGUCUCGAGGACUUCAAAAGCUCCGCACUGCGCACGGAAACCCUGAAAAAUGUCAGAGUAUCAAAGUAGUUAGUAGUUAAAGUGUAUGUUGAAAUGUGAGCGAGAGAUGGAGUUCCAAAAACUAUGCACUUUUGAAACUUUUAAGCAGGUCUGGAGUCACUACGGGUACGAGGGAAACUUACAAGACGUGAUUGAGAAGGAGUUCACACGGACUAAAGGAAUAACAUAUCUGGAUCACGCAGCAGCUACUCUGUACCCCGAGUCUCUGGUCAGGGACUACUGCCAGGACAUUUCAAGGAAUGUGUACGGAAACCCUCACAGCCAUAACCCCAGCAGCAGAUUGACACAUGACACAGUGGAGAGGGUCAGAUACAGGGUAUUGCAGCAUUUUAACGCCACCCCUGAGGAGUACUCUGUGAUUUUCACUUCUGGAUGUACAGCCGCUCUCAAAUUAGUGGCUGAGAGCUUUCCCUGGAGGCCACCGACUGAGAGCGAAGCAGGGAGUCACUUCUGCUACCUCACUGACAGCCAUACCUCUGUAGUUGGCAUAAGAGGAGUGACUUCUGGCCGAGGGGUAGUUACCCUGCCUGUCUCCCCGCAGGAAGUGGAAAACAGGGCAAAGGAUGAGGCUCAAGGUGAAGAUGUUAUUUGCCAAACGCCGCAUCUCUUCUGCUACCCAGCACAGAGCAACUUCUCUGGAAGGAAGUAUCCCCUUAGCCAUGUGAAAGGCAUCCAGGCGAGACGCCUGUACCCAGCAUGUGACCACCAAGGCCACUGGUUUGUGCUGCUCGAUGCAGCCUCUCAUGUCAGCUGUUCCCCUCUAAACCUACAGGACUGCCCUGCUGAUUUCAUUCCCAUCUCCUUCUACAAGAUGUUUGGCUUCCCUACAGGUCUGGGGGCCCUUCUUGUCCGUAACGACACAGCAGGUAAACUAAAAAAGACUUAUUUUGGAGGAGGCACAGCAGCAGCUUACCUUUCUGGCGAAGAUUAUUAUGUGCAUGCGGCAAACAUUUCUGACAGAUUUGAAGAUGGGACUGUCUCUUUCUUGGACAUCAUUGCUGUAAAUCACAGUUUUGAAGCUCUUUACAGGAUCACAGGGGGCAUGCACAACAUCCAACAGCACACAUUUGGCUUGGCACGCUACACUUACAUGCUGCUGUCAAGUCUUUGCCAUGGCAACGGGCGACCAGUGGCUCAGAUAUACACCGAAGGCCAGUUUGAGAGUCCAAGCACACAGGGAGCAAUCCUAAACUUCAACCUCAUGGAUUCUCAUGGACAGAUAAUUGGAUAUUCUCAGGUGGACAGAAUGGCCUGUCUGUUCAAUAUCCAUGUGCGCACAGGUUGCUUCUGCAACACCGGGGCCUGUCAGUCAUUCCUCGGGAUCACCAAUCAGCAGAUGAGGAGAAACCUGCAGGCCGGCCACGUCUGCGGGGACAGCAUCGACCUGGUGGACGGCCAGCCGACCGGAUCUGUUCGCGUGUCCUUUGGCUACAUGUCAACAUUUGAAGACUGUCAAAAGUUCCUGAACUUUGUUGCUGAGUGCUUCGUACAGAAACCAGUCACAGUGGACCAAGUGAGACUAGAGAAGCUAAAAGCAGCUACAGCAGCAUCCCAGGGCUUAAAUGAAGAUCCUCCAAUCAAAAUCACUAAUGGAAAAAUACACAAAGUAGAUGAGAAGGAGAAGCCUACAGAAGUAUCACUGAGGGGGUUUGGACACAGAGAUUCAAACAGCCACAGGGAGGCUUAUACUCUGACCAACAUCUACAUAUAUCCCAUCAAAUCAUGUGGAGCAUACGAGGUCCACGACUGGCCAGUGGGACCGCUGGGUUUACUGUAUGACAGAGGCUGGAUGGUGGUGAAUGGAAACGGCGUGUGCCUGAGUCAGAAGAGAGAGACGCGUUUAUGCCUCAUUCGCCCACAAGUCCACUUUCCCUCAAACAAAUUGCUCCUGCAGGCAUCAGGGAUGGAUACCAUUUCGGUUCCCCUGGAAAACAACACUCAAACGCACACUAGCUAUCGGGUGUGUCAGAGUAAAGUUUGUGGUGACAGGGUGGAGACUGUCGACUGUGGGGAUGAGGCUGCAUCAUGGCUUUCAGACUUCCUUGGACAGCCAUGCCGCCUGAUAAGACAAAGUCCUGAUUUUACCCGAGACAUGAAGAAGAGGCCUAGUGCAGGUGCCACCUCCACGUCCCUCUCCCUGGUGAAUGAAGCUCAGUAUCUCAUGAUCAACCGUGCUAGUGUGGAGCUCAUUCAGAAACUAAUGAGCAGCAGGCAGGAUGUCUCUGAGGCCGAUCAGCUCCUUGACACACAGAAUGUCAUUAGCCGCUUCCGAGCCAAUUUAGUCAUCGCUGGAGUAGAACCAUUUGAGGAAGAUAAUUGGUCACACUUGAUUAUUGGCAACACUCAAUUCAUGGUCGCAGGUCUGUGUGGAAGGUGCCACAUGGUUGGAGUGGACCAGGACACUGGGACCAAGACAAAAGAGCCGCUAAUGUCUCUGUCGGCCUACCGCACUGGGAAGGUGACUUUUGGUGUGUACCUGACCCAUCAGCUACCAGAGGGCUUCACAGCAGGCAGAGUCCUCGCUGCUGGUUCCCUCAUACAGCCUGAGCCACACAGUUCUUGAAGGAGUCAUCUGCACCAUCCUGGUUACAUCUUUGGUCAUUUCUCCACUGCACGUCCUAAGAGAGUUUCUUUUCUUCGUCUGUGUAGCCCUGGUGGCUUUUGUCCUCUCAAAUGUCCUUUUCAUACCAGAGCAUUCAGAGAUUCUAUCCAUGUCUGUUUUGAUGGAAAAUGAACAAGAUUUUUAGAUUUUUCCCCAAUGUUUACCUUCUUAAAAUGUGUGCUAUAAAGUAGAUGUGAAGUAUUAGGCAAAAAUUAUAAUUUGAAUGUGUUAUGGUAUUUGAGCCAAAACAUGUCAUGUUGAUGCAAUAAUUGUUGAUCAUGUUAACCUCCUAGACAGUUCUUCCUCUGUUUAUUCCCAUGGAGGAUUAUAUUUCUAUUUAUUCCACACACACCACCACUGAUACUGCUGCCACAAAUCUAAAACUUAUUGUUCCCUGUAAUGGAAAAACCUCCCAGACACUCUGCAUAUGCCAAUAAUGGGGAUUCUAAACAAAAGCUGAACUUAACAUAUAGAUGGAUGAUGAAUUAAAGGAAGUGCCUACAUAAAGUGUAUUAGUAAGGUGUUGGACUACCGUGAGCCUCCAGAACAGCUUCAGGGCUCCUUGGCAUGGAUUCUCCAAGUCGCUGGAACUCUGGAGGGAUGAACACCAUUUGUCCAAAAGAUAUUCCCUCAUAUGAUCUUUUCAUAGGCCAUAGGAUAUGAUUCACAUCUUUUUCAUACUCAUCAAACCCUUCAGUGGCUCAUUUACUCUGUUUUUUCCUUCACUGUGUCACCCUUUACCUCUUGCACUCUGACGAUGAUUGUUGUUGUGAAAUUGUUUUUAAUCAGUGAUGUUUUUUGCUUCUGUUGUUUUAUAUAUGUAUUUUAUUUUUUUUAUUUUUCCUGUGGACUUUUAAUGUCUGACAUAAAUUGAAUAUAAAUGUAUUUCACUAACAGCAUACUUACAACAGUACCAUAAUCGAGGCAUUGACUCUAUAUUUCCAUUUGUAAUUUUAUAAGGUCAUUUGUAUAAUUAAACACCUAUUUUAAUUGCA